CCGGACGCGGCUCGCUCGCGGGGCCCAGCGCACCGGGGCCGCGCGGCUGCACAGCCGGCCUCCGCCGCCGCGGCGCCUGCAGAACCCAGAAGUGAACAGCAGGCGACCCGGAAGGUUUGCGCGCCGCUCCGCACCGAGCCCCAGCCGCGCGCCGCCGUCGCUGCCGCCGCCGCCGCCGCCGAAGCCGGGAGCCCCCAGCCCGGCCCUGUUCGGGCCGCCGGGCUCGGGGCUGCGGCCGCUUCCCGGAGCGCCGCCAGCACUGCCAGGUGCCGUUGGGAACACAGAGGAAGUGACUGACUGGGGGUUCAGGGAAAGCUCCGUAGAAGAGGGAACACUUGAGCUGGGUCUUGAAGGAUGAGUAGAAGUUCACCAAGUGGGAAAGGACCCUCUAGGAUGGCCGAACCUCGAUUUAACAACCCGUACUUCUGGCCCCCUCCUCCCACCAUGCCCAGCCAGCUGGACAACCUGGUUCUGAUUAACAAGAUCAAAGAGCAGCUGAUGGCCGAGAAGAUCCGGCCGCCUCACCUGCCACCCACCUCAGCCUCAUCACAGCAGCCGCUGCUAGUGCCCCCCGCGCCCGCCGAGAGCAGCCAGGCGGUCAUGUCGCUGCCCAAGCUGCAGCAGGUGCCGGGGCUGCACCCGCAGUCCGUGCCGCAGCCCGACGUGGCGCUGCACGCGAGGCCGGCCACCAGCACUGUCACUGGUCUGGGGCUUUCCUCUCGGACCCCUGCUGUGAGUGCAUCCGAGUCAACCCCAGGCACCGGCACCAGUACCCCGUCCACACCCACCACCACCAGCCAGAGCCGCCUCAUCGCCUCAUCCCCCACCCUCAUCUCAGGGAUCACCAGCCCCCCCCUCCUGGACUCCAUCAAGACAAUCCAGGGCCACGGCCUGCUUGGCCCCCCCAAGUCUGAACGCGGCCGCAAAAAGAUCAAGGCAGAGAACCCAGGGGGUCCCCCUGUCCUUGUUGUCCCCUACCCCAUCCUGGCCUCUGGUGAGACCGCAAAGGAGGGCAAGACAUACAGGUGUAAGGUAUGCCCGCUCACCUUUUUCACCAAGUCUGAGAUGCAGAUCCACUCCAAGUCGCACACCGAGGCCAAGCCCCACAAGUGCCCACACUGCUCCAAGUCCUUUGCCAACGCCUCCUACCUGGCCCAGCACCUGCGCAUCCACCUGGGUGUCAAGCCCUACCACUGCUCCUACUGUGACAAGUCCUUCCGGCAGCUCUCCCACCUCCAGCAGCACACCAGAAUCCACACAGGCGACAGACCCUACAAGUGCCCGCAUCCUGGCUGCGAAAAGGCUUUCACUCAACUCUCCAACCUCCAGUCUCACCAGCGCCAGCACAAUAAGGACAAGCCCUACAAAUGUCCCAACUGCUACCGGGCCUACUCAGACUCCGCCUCGCUCCAGAUCCACCUCUCUGCGCAUGCCAUCAAGCACGCCAAGGCUUACUGCUGCAGCAUGUGCGGGCGGGCCUACACCUCGGAGACCUACCUGAUGAAGCACAUGUCCAAACACACAGUGGUGGAACACCUGGUGAGCCAUCACUCACCCCAGAGGACCGAGUCCCCCGGCAUCCCGGUGCGAAUCUCUCUGAUCUGAGCCACCUGCGGCGCCGCCCCGCCCACUUGGCAGACACAGACCCAGGCAGCACCCAGCCUAACUCCCGCUGGGGCCUCCAGGAACCACCAAGCUCUCUCACGACCUUCCCAACCUGCCAGAAAGCUUGGUCCACAGAAGCCCUGCCUGGUCCGGCUCCUGGGCAGCCAGGCCAACUGCAAGAUUCUGGACUGUUCUGGUGGCAUCCAAAGACGAUCUCAGAGCACUUUGAACCUGUCUGUUGGGUUUUCUUUUUGUUCCCCCUCCCUCACUUGCUUCACUGUUUCUUGUUUUUAAGUUUGUUUUGGAAAUAACGAAAAGGAUAUUUAUUGGCCAGAAUGUUGGUGCUGCUAAGAACGAGAAAUUAGAAGGACAGACGGAUACAGAGGACCAGAGGGCAGCGCGGGAACGUCUCUGGCCACAACCUCAGGUCUUGAGGGGAGGCCUGGGGUUCUGGACUUCAAAGGGGACACCCUCCCUCAGGUGGGAGGAGACAGGAGACAGCUGGAGUGAGCCCUUCUGCCCAGUCACCCAGUCAAACAGCCUGAGCUCUGCCCUAGCCUCCUCGAGCAGAGGGCACAGUAGUUGCCAGGCCUGCCUGGCUUUAGGGUAUGGAAAUGAGAGAGGUCUGGAGAGCCGCGGGACCAAAGGGUGCAGUGACGGCCGGGUGGCAAACCCAGGGAAUGGGUUGGGGGCGUGCCAGGUGAGACCUGGCCCCUCCCCUGCGGCCCUGAAGACCACCCCAGUCUACCUCGGUGCUGGCCAGGAAACCUAUCGGCUACCUCUCCCACCACUCCAGACUGUGGGCAGGGGAUGGAGAGGGAGGGGCCUGGGACUAAGUGCCCUUUCCAGAAUUUUCUCCAGAAGGGUACAGUGCCCAGGGAGGGGUUGUCCUUCUCGCCACAGACGAGGACUCCCCAACCCAGACCCCAGGCCCUGCGGCAGGGAUAGGAACCUCCAAAGGAGGACCCAGGAGCAGACCCUGCCCCCAGCCCCCCAAGACAUAUCCCAAUCCGAAAGCCAUGCGUGUCCGUGUAUAUAGAAACUAUGUACAGAACCCAGAGAAGCCCCUUCCACAUCACCCCCCAGAGAAGAAAACUAGACAGAACUCAUCUAUAUAUUCUGUAUCUGGAGUCCGUUUGAAUAUUAACUGUGUUAUUUUUAUACACUUUUUAAGCCUUAACUCGCCAUUGAUUUACCAGUUUAACGUUUCCUGGGGUUUCUUUUCCACUGGGAGGGGUCUCAUCCGCCCCGCCCACCCCAACCCCUUUGUUUGACUUGCGUCUUCAGAUACUCAGUAUUGUAGCUUUUGUCCGCAUGUUACUACCCUGUAAAUACGCUGUUCCAAUACUGUUAACAUCCUUUGCUUUUUUCUAUGGGACCUCCAGGCCACCAUAUUUAGAAAUAGUUACCUUAUUAAAAAAGAGAAAACAGUCCGUUGGCUUUUCAGUCUGCAUCUCGGUGGCAGGGAGGCAAGGAGAGGGCACGUGGCCCUUGGAGCUGCAGGAGAGAAGGAAGCUUCCACUCUAUUCAAAGAAGGGAAUGAAGCCAAAUGAAGCGUAUGUGGGAGAAGACUUAAGGGGGCGAGACAAAGGGAGGCAGCCCCUCUGCUCUUUGUAUUUCUCUGCUGUGAAGAAUAAACUGUGUGCACCGGGUGGUGGCAGUGUA